AGUCACUUACUAAGAAAGUCAUAAGGAAAGAGGAGUGCCCUCCAAAUGAUUAACGUAUUAGGUUCAUAGGUUCAUAGGUUUAUACUAGGCUAUCUGCCCUAAGGCAUUUAUAAGCCUAGCCCAAAGUUUUGUGGCUUACGCCACCCCUUAUGUUAAAAAAUACUGUGCCCAUUAGUUUGUUGUGCCUCUGUCCAGCAGUGACACAGAGAUGAUUCCCGGGGUAAACCUACGAUCUCCCAUCCACCGGUCAGGAUUCUACUUGCUUCUUGUCCUACUCGUCCUCCUUCCAUGGGGACACGGGCAAAAGAAUGAUACAGAUACCACAAAAAUAGAAUUGCGCUCCAAAUGGCUGCAACCAAAGUGCAAUGAGUCAUUUUAUUUAAAUCUCCUUGAUACAUGCAUCACAGAGUUUCAAACAUGGAUGGAUCGCAUUGAUAAAAGAAGAUGGUGCAAUUUAAAUGUCGUUCUCAGGGACUACAAUGGCUACUCCAAAUGCACACAGACUUGGUCUGAAUAUUGCAGUUGGUUCUGGCCUAAUGAGCUUGUACAAGAAUCCUUUAUAUAUCUGCACAAAACGUUCUUCAUAAACUGUACAACCGAGAGUACUGAGUUUGUUGAUCGGACACCACCGAAUGCCCUCAUGGCUAUGGUUCUACUGCCUAUAUGCCUUAUUCCAGUCAUGCUCGCUCCCAUGUUAUGGUGGAGUAACCGUGACUGAACAAGAAUUUAAAUUAAAGAAAUCAGAUGGUUGAGCAUAAAAUAUGUAUAAAUGCAUGCAUAUAUAUGACACUUAUUGCAAAGCAUACAAACACAGGAUAUAGUAUAUAGCAAAAUAAGUACUCUUCCUUUCUUCAGUAUGCAUAACAGGGUGACAUUGACUUUUGUCCAAGUUACCAGAUUUCUAUAGCUGUGUGUGCAAUUCAGUUUUGCCAUCAGAUUACAUGCACAACAUAUUUGCCGUGCUGUUAAUGAAGUUAUUAGUUAUCUGCACUGUAAUAGUUAGCCAUCUGAAGUUAGUUUUCUGUAAUGUAAUGGCAUGUCUCCUGACAGAAUGCUGUCCACUGUGAUGUCUCCUGUCUCCAGCCACAUAAAAUAUGAUAUUUUUUCUCUA